AUGCAGGUCGAGCAGCCGGCACCGCCAGCAGACGCGACCGGCCCCUCGCCGCAAGCAGCUCAAGGUGAGCUCUCUCUCACUCUCCUCCCCUGCACCGCCCCGAGUCUCGCUGACCACGUCUGUGUCCGCACAGCACCACCUGCUGUCCCCGAGGGCUUCGUCCCCUACAGCGAGUCGACCACCUCGAUCCUGUUCGCCGCUCCCCCUUCCUCGUCCGACCAGUCCGGCUCGGCGCCCGUCUUCCUCAACCCGGUCCAGCAGUACAACCGCGACCUGUCGGUCGUCGCCAUCCGCACGUGGAGCGAGGCGCGGCAGCGCGAGAAGCGCGCGUUCUGGGAGGAGGGCAUCCGGAGGAAGCGGGAGAGGAAGCGCGCGGGCGGUGCGGGCGGCGAGGGCAAGGGCAAGGGCAAGAAGCGCAAGGCCGAGGACGGCACGGCGGUCGAGACCAUGGAGCCGGCCGAGGGCCCCGCAGCGCCGACGGGCGAGCCAGCAGCAGAGCCGCAGGUCGAGCACGCGUUGCCGCCGCCGCCGACCUACAAGUUCACCCUCCUCGAGGCGCUCUCGGCGACCGGGCUUCGCGCGAUUCGCUACGCCAAGGAGCUCCCACUGCUCAGGUACGUCGUCGCCAACGACUUGUCGGCGUCGGCCGUCAAGGACAUCGAGCGCAACGUCGCCUUCAACCGCCUCGAGCCCAAAGGCGUCCUGUCGCUCCCGGGCACCGAGGGCAUGAAGGAGGAGGACGUCAAGCCGCUCGGCGCCCGCAGCAAGGCCGACAUCGACGAGGCGAAGUUCGGCAAGGUCCGCGUCAACGAGGGCGACGCCUGCGUCUACAUGUACCAGCACCGCAACGAGGACAAGCGCUUCGACUGCAUCGACCUCGACCCGUACGGCUCGGCCGUGCCCUUUCUCGACUCGGCCAUGAACGCCAUCGCCGACGGCGGCCUGAUGUGCGUCACGUGCACCGACAUGGGCGUCCUCGCCGGCCACAACUACCCCGAAAAGGCGUUCACCCACUAUGGCGGCGUCUGCGUCAACGCCGAGUACUCGCACGAGGUGGCUCUUCGUCUCGUCCUCAACGCGCUCGCCACGACCGCCGCUCGCUACGGUCGCUACAUCGAGCCGCAGCUCAGCCUGUCGAUCGACUUCUACGUCCGCCUCUUCAUCCGGGUCCGGACGGCCCCGAAGGAGGUCAAGGCGCUCGCAUCCAAAACCUCGCUCGUCUACUAUUGCCACACGUGCCAGUCGCCCCACUGGCAGGCGUUCGGGCGCGUGUCGGAGAAGACGAGCGCCAAGACGGGCGCGGUCAACUACUCGUACCACGUGCCGGCGGGUCCGCCCAAGGGCGUCGACGGCGAGCGGUGCGGCGAGUGCGGCGGCAAGUUCCACAUUGGCGGCCCGAUGUGGAGCGCGCCGCUGCACAACCAGGCGUUCAUCCAGGAGAUGCUCGAGCACGUCGACGAGAACAAGAAGGACUUUGCGACGCACGAGCGCAUCAAGGGCAUGCUCACCGUCGCACUCAACGAAUGCGAGGCGCCGCUCUACUUCUCGCCGGCCAAGAUGGCGAGCCUGUUCAACGCCGUGUGCCCGCCCAUCUCGACUUACGGCUCGGCGCUCCUCAACGCCGGCUACACGGCCUCGCGCUCGCACGCCGUCGCCGGCUCGAUCAAGACGAACGCGCCGCGCUCGUUCGUGCACGACGUCAUCCGCGAGUGGAUCAAGGAGCACCCGGUCAAGAUGUCGAACGUCAAGGACGGCUCGCCGGCCAAGGUGCUGCUCGCCAAGGAGAUGCGCCACGAGGUGAGCCUCAAGCAGCACCCGGACGCCGGGAGGCGCCUCCUCGACGACGUCAAGGUCGUGCGGUACCAGAUGAACCCGCAGGCCAACUGGGGCCCGGCGAGGGCGGCUGUCAGGGGCGCGCCGCUCGCGAAGAAGGGAGGGCAGUGAGCGGGGCGAGCGGGGGAGUUGAUGCUGCAACGAGAC